UUUAUCCUUUGCACACCAGUGCUGCUCCAAAUCAUAAUUCUAGCCUAAGUUCAGGUGACCGUUUCAGUGUCACAUUCAGGGUUCUGCGUUUCCAAGUGCAGCAGGUGGAUGACACACUGUCAAAAAACGAUUAUUACGUGUCAAAUGCAAAGAAAGGAGCGAGGCUGCUGUAUACAUCUGGCACCUUCACUGGCACAGAUGGUGAAGGCAGGUGAAUUUGACGACGCAACAACAGGAGUCAUACUUCGAAUAGAGGGGACACACCGCGAUAAGCAAGCAACCGAGAUGGACGUUACACUCCUGAAGGAACAACACCACUGCAUUAGAAAGAAACUCCGAACACACGUUGUUUGGGUCAAAACAGCUAACAAUGAAGAAAUGAAUGGCAAGCCCCUGGUCAGUGUUGUCUCAAUAAACCAGAACAUGAGAAAAGCAAAAGCCUUUGAGGUGGAGAUGCCAUUCAAAGAGAUUCAGUUUAAUUUCCCUGGCAACCUCCAGGACUAUGAAUCCCUCUGGCACACCCACCUGGGAAUCUACCGCAACACUCAAACAGAGCACCGAAACACUGGAACAGCCGGAGACAGCGCCAAGACAAUGGACUCAGGAGAGCAGCCCAGCCCCACAGCCGACCCCUCACUAACGAAGGAUAUCUCCCUGUCAUGUCAGAAGCUGCUGGAGGAGCAAGCAGUUGAUACUUCAGAGGGAGCCAGCCAAUCAGAUGUGCCUGACCGCACCAGCAACUGCUGCUUGGGAGAUUCACUAACCCACAGGUCAAGAAAGCUCUCGACUCCUGCGAUUCAGACUGGACAGCAGAGUCUAGACGCUUAUAAGUCACCAAGCAGCACCAAGCUGCUCAGCUACCCUUUCCCUCAGAAGAAAUGCCCCAAGAAAUCGGAGGCUGCCCGGAGACUUGGGUUGUAUGCUACACAUUAAUCAAAUGCCCUUUGCUCUGUACACUCACUCACGUGUGGUUUUUAAGGCUGAGGGGAUGUCUGCUUUUCGCCAUCGAUGCACCAGUGUCCUUAAAUAAAGUAAUACAUUUAGAGCUACUCAUAAUAUACCCAAGAGCUACUAAAUUGUUGAAAACUAUUACAUCAAAUGACAUUACCAAAGCGCCUCCUCCAUUCUUGAAUUAUUUUGUAUUUUUUGAAAGGAGAAAAUAUAUUCAUUUCACAAAAUGAAAAACAGUACUUCAGAGAACUUGGAAAUAUAUCACAGAGCUGUUUGGUUGUAGUUUUGUAAAAAUCGACGUGUGUGCAACCUUUUUUUUUUAAAAAAAGAGUUAAUUAAAGACUGGAGUAAACGGUUUGGAAAUGCGACCCUUCAUCUUUUCACAUGAACACUGCUGUAACAAUGUGUCUCUUUCAAUACUGCACAUUUGAGACCUGUAUAGAGAAUGGUGUUGCACAACAUUACAAUACCCCUUACUUUACAAAACUAAACAAUGAGUCAACUGGUCUUACAAAACCUGUAUCUCCCUAACACAACAGAAGCACAUUUGUAUUGCUGCCAUUUCCUCCUCACCUGCUCUGUUUGCAUAAAUCCCAGUCAGAUGACUGAUAGUUUCUUUUGUCAGUGUGAGCUGCUUUGGGUUUCUUACUGUAUAUUCAGCUAGCUUUAGUGUGACAGCUCCUUGUAGGAGGAAGUACGUUGGACUGAAACAGUUAUUGACUUGCCUUCCCUGCUUGUACUGUACCAUGUCAUCUGUAUUAUCAGUAGAGAGCAUGUUUUUAAUAGUUUUAAUAUAAAUACUUCACAUUACUGUCAAUAUCAAUGCUAUAGUCCUGUACUGUAUAUUAUAUUUUAAUUGUGUAAAAUAGAACAUUCCCAGUAAGAAAGUAACAAACUUGAAUUGCUGAUAAGGGGGAAAAAUUAUAAUUGGCUUGAUGAAAUCCAACAUAAUUUAAAAAAAUAUAUAUAUUCUGACAUUUUAAAUGGAAUACCAAGCCCUGUGUUAAAUGACACCUUGUGCUAAUUAAACAAAUUAGUAUUAACUGAAUAAUCUGCCAAGCUAAAUAUACAGCAAGUUUAAGGAGUGUACUAGUAAUGGCCAAAAUGUAGAGACAGUAAUUUACUGCACCAAGAAUGUAGUAGCAUAUCAUAGAGAUACUGUUUAAAAUGAUGGGGUUUGAAAUGUACAGCAGCUGUCUGGAUAGCUUUGUUGCCACUGCAUACUGUAUGUACUAAAACACAUUUUACCAGCCAGAAGGCAGCUUAUAAAGACACACAUUGUGGGUACAAUGUUUCAGAUCAUACAGUACAUUGCCUAGUUCCAUUCCAUACAUUAUAUAAAGGACUGCCGACAUUACAAGGGCAGCGGUGUGGAGUAGUGGUUAGGGUUCUGGACUCUUGACCGGAGGGUCGUGGGUUCAAUCCCCGAUGAGAAUCUGGGACACUGCUGCUGUACCCUUGAGCAAGGUACUUUACCGAGAUUGCUCCAGUAAAAACCCAACUGUAUAAAUGGGUAAUUGUAUGUAAAAAAGAAUGUGAUAUCUUGUAACAAUUGUAAGUCGCCCUGGAUAAGGGCGUCUGCUAAGAAAUAAAUAAUAAUAAUAAUAAUAAUAAUAAUAAUAAUAAGUACAAGCACCAGGGAUCAGAUAUUCAGAGAACUUGGUAAAGAAAAAUGAUAAGAUGGGUGAUGAAUGAAUGCUGGGGUUUGAGAAGAGAUCUGUGAGGACUAUGAAAUGGAGAUAAAAGCAAAAGCCUAUUUUGAAGCACCAGAAAGGAUUGUUUUCUGAGAUUAAUAGAACAACUGUAAUGUUAUGAAACUAGCAGUAAGCAACUCAGAGAUUAAUAGAACUGUAAUGUUAUGAAACUAGCAGUAAGCGACUCAGAGAUUAAUAGAACUGUAAUGUUAUCACUAGCAGUAAGAAACUCAGAGAUUAAUAGAACUGUAAUGUUAUGAAACUAGCAGUAAGCGACUCAGAGAUUAAUAGAACUGUAAUGUUAUCACUAGCAGUAAGAAACUCAGAGAUUAAUAGAACUGUAAUGUUAUGAAACUAGCAGUAAGCGACUCAGAGAUUAAUAGAACUGUAAUGUUAUGAAACUAGCAAUAAGCAACUCAGAGAUUAAUAGAACUGUAAUGUUAUGAAACUAGCAGUAAGCGACUCAGAGAUUAAUAGAACUGUAAUGUUAUGAAACUAGCAGUAAGCAACUCGGUUGCAGGAUGUAGUUGCUACAUUAUCAGGUCCAGCCAAGGUCCUGGAUUGGAUUGCACAGGUGAGCACCACAGGGUCAGACAUUCGUCUGGAUAGCUGGCAUUCUGAAGUGCAAUGAAGGCAACUAAAAGACACUCCACAACUGCCUCCCUAAGAGGAUGUGAACACAUAUAAUGGUAAAGGUCAUUUACAAACAUGAAAUAGCCAAAUGGAGUGUUUGAACAGUUGUAUAUAAAAAGCACUGAAUGGUUGAUGACAUGUAUGGGGGCAGUGAAAAAUAAAUUAUAUUGGAAGGUAUUUUCUCUUUACAGUAAUUGUAGUUAACAAAAUACAUUCCCCAAAUCUUACCGUCCAGGUUCAGAAAUUACCAAACCAGAGCAACUCUAUCUGAAAACAUUGUCAAACAGCAUUCUAACCAAGUGCACUA